AUGGGGGUUAUGAAAGAUGGCUGGCACCCCAAAGGCCGAGAUGGGAAGAAGGAAAGCUGGAGGAACGACUUCAAGGGCAUCAACCAAGUGGCAGGAUGGAUGGGAAAGGGAAAGGACAAGGACGAUGACGCUUCUGAGCAUGUCUCCGCUCCACUCUCUUCGCUCAAAGACCCGGCAUCAUUCGGGCCACCGCCGAAGCACAUCAAAUACCACGGCGCUGGCGCUCUUCCCAACGAGCUCACCCCGGAUCGGAACGGACUGGGCGCCCCAUUGUCCCGCGAACAGAUAAACCAUCAGAAUACCCGGCAGCAACAGGAAGAACAACGUGUGGCUGAGGAGGCUCAAAGACCGGCGGCUCCGCCGGUGCCAUACCGAGUGAACCGCACAGGUCUAGACACAUCCAACCUUCCACCGCCCCCAGUCAGGCGCAUGGACUCUCCGGCAGAGAUGGCGGCUCCGAGCCCCAGGCCAAAGCCCAAUCUUCCGCCUAGACUGCCUUCUCGGAACAACUCGACCCCUUCCCCUACCCCGCAUUCGCCUACUCCGCCCCCGGCAUACUCCCCCCAGGUCCUUGAGGGACACUUGAACCAGGAGGCUACUUCGCGUCUCUCCCAGGCCGGUGUGUCAGUCCCUGCUUUUGGAAUUGGGAAUGGCGGCAGCCAGUGGAGAAGAGAUAGCAACGGUCCCGGAGUAGCUUCUCCAACAACUGCAGGCUCAGUUGGUCAGACACAAGUCAACGAAUUGCAAAACCGCUUCUCACAUCUGAGAACCUCCUCAUCAAACUCCCCGGCUCCUCCCCCUCCAGCCCGAGGGAACUCAUUCGCCACCCAGCCCUCACCUGUUUCCACCUCUGACACCAGGAGUGCUUCAUCCACGAUCAACGACUUCCGCGAGCGACACAACGAUAAGAUCCAGGCUGGAAAGCAGAAGAUCAGCGGCUUAAAUGAAAAGUACGGGAUCUCCCAGCGGGUGAAGGCCUUGGGGGAUCAGAAGUCCCCGAGUAGCCAAGCGCCUCCCCCCGUGCCGCCGCACCCUAACGCCAAUCGCUCAACAUCCAGCCUCGAGUCAGAAACAUUGGGCAGAAAAAAGGCUCCGCCGCCGCCUCCCCCGAAGAAGGCGGGGAUGCGAUCAAUGCCUGUCCCUGGUGCUGCUCCCUCGCCGCCGCCACUUCCACUAAGCACCAAGCCUCGGUGA